AUGCACACUCUUCUUGAUGAUUUACCUUUUGUUGCUACCUUUGUUGAUGAUGUGGUUAUCUUUUCCAAAUCCAUGGCGGAGCACCGUGAACAUGUCAUCAAUGUUAUUCAACGUCUUACCGAUGUUAAUCUUAUCUUGAACGCCGACAAGUGUCAUUUUGCUCAAAAGUCCAUUUACUUACUUGGAUUUUGCAUUGAUGCUAAUGGUCGCCGCCCUGAUCCUCGCAAGUUGGUCAACGUUGAUGAGUGGCCUAUUCCUAAAACAGGAAAAGACAUUCAGCGUUUCCUUGGUCUUAUCAACUUCUUUCGCUCGCACUUACCUCUUGCUGCCGAGCUCACAGCACCUCUCGAUGCUUUACGUAACCAUGGAUCUCUUGCGAAAGUUUGGCAGGAUGUUCAUCUUGAUGCAUUCAAUAAUGUAAAGGCUGCACUUCUCGCUGCUCCUGUGUUGAGUCAUCCUGAUAUCACUCGUCCUUUCUUCGUUGCUACUGAUGCUUCGAAUCAUGGUAUUGGUGCUGUCUUGUAUCAAAUUGACCCUGACACCCAAGCACGCCAGUAUGUAAGCUUUGUUGCACGCGCUUUGACCAAAUCCGAGCGUAACUACUUUACCACCAAACGUGAGCUCCUUGCUAUUGUCUUCACCUUGAAGAAGUUCCAUCAGUUUUUGUGGGGUAAAAAGUUCACCUUAUACACUGAUCAUAAAGCGCUCAUUUACCUUCACACGCAACCACACGCUAGUCCUAUGAUUGUCGGCUGGCUCGAUGUCAUUUGCAACUAUGACUUUGACAUUGUUCACCUUCCUGGUAUCCAAAAUGUGCUGCCGGACCGUCUUUCUCGUCUUUUUGCUCCACAAGAGACAUCGCUGACGCUGGAGGGGGGUAAUUCCCAAUUUAAGUCACCCUUUGCACACAGCAUUUCCCACGCAGCCACAAAGCUCAUGCAUCGGUUGUUCAAGCCAAUGGAAAUGAUCACACCACCCGAGGAAGAACGUACCAAGUUACCCGAACAAUCCCAUUUGAAUGGCCAUUUCGGUGCUGACGCCAUAGUGAAUGAUCUUCACGACAAUGGUAUCUUUUGGACCAAUAUGAAAGAUGACGCCUUGAAGCAUGUCGGCAGUUGUCUCCCUUACCAACGCUACAACAUUGGUAAACAUGGAUACUAUCCAUUGCGGAGCAUCAACGCUGAUGGACCUGGUGAUCAUUGGGCUAUUGAUCUUUGUGAAUUACACUGCACCACUCCUUCUGGCAACAACUACAUUCUCGUUAUGGUUGACGUCUUUACUCAUUUUUGCGUUUUACGCCCUAUUCGCUUUAAAUCAGCCAUUGACAUCGUUAAAGAGCUUUCUUCGGUCUUCAGCCUUUUCGGUUAUCCAAAGAUCAUACAAAGCGACAACGGUAGCGAGUUCAAAAACAACUUUGUUCACCUUCUUUCCAAGCACACUGGCAUGGAUCAUCGCCUUGUUACACCAUAUCAUCCUCGAGCCAACGGCUUAGCUGAACGUAUGGUUGAAACGGUUAAGACGGCACUCUUCAAACGCUUAGAGGGCAGACCUGAAACGUGGGAUUUAUACCUUGAUAGUACCAUGUACGCAAUCAAUACCAAACACCACUCUGAUCUCAAGACUCGUCCCUUCGCUUUGAUGUUUGCUCGUCAACCCAAUGCAAUGCGUGAUUAUUCCCAAGCCAAAUCAGCCAAUCCUGCCGAAGUCAGGAAGUCCAUCAUGAAACGUAUAAAGGAAAUGGAAGAUAUCGUUAUCCCUGGUAUCCACGAAGGUCGUAAAGCUCGCAACGAAGUCACCAAAACACGCUACAACAAGACGCAUCGCAUGCACAAAGACAUUCCUAUUGGUAGCCAAGUCAUGAUUGUCAACAUCAAUCGUAGCUCCAAGACCGAUCCAAUUUAUGACGGACCGUACAUCGUGCAUUUCAGGACACCCAAAGGCAACUAUGUCUUACGUGACAAGAUGGGCAAGCUCCUACAGCGUAACAUUCCUCCGCAUCAAGUUAAACGUGUCUCAGAUGAUCCUAAAGCGGAUGGUGACACCUUUUAUGAAUUCGAAGCUAUUGUCGAUCACCGUUUGCAUGCACAACACGGCUAUCCAGAAUAUCGUGUGCAUUCGCGAGGCUACAGCGAUGAGGACGACACAUGGGAACCAGCUGAAAACUUUAGCGAUAUCUCAGCUAUCAACGCCUAUAUCAAACGUCGUUUUCCAAAUGGUAUUCCAUCAGAUGACCCAUUUUACGCUGCCGCACCAAACAAUGACGGUGCACGAGCCACCAAACGCAGACGCACAGGCACAUCAUCACGCACUUAA